GCUCGGGGCGGGCGUGCUCUCGGCAGAGUUAGAGGAGUUGCCGAGCUCGGUUCUGGUGGCAGCGGGGCGCGGAGCUGGGUGCGCGCCGAGCCUCAACCUCCCGCCGCCUCCUCGCUCUCCAUUCCUCUCUCCCCGCCUUUCCCGGGCCUCGGCGCUGCCAUCGCUUCCCUAGAAACGGUAGCCAGGGGCGAGGGGCUGGAGCGGCCAGAGCGGGCUGGGAGGCGCGGGGCGCCGGGACGUUGGGGAGCGCGCCCGGCCCAGCCCGGGAUCAGAUAACAGCGGGCGGGGGAGGGGGCGGGCCGGCCGCGCUCCCAGCCGGACCGAGGGACUGACGCCAGCCCGGCCGGCCCAAGUGAGCGCCCCGCGGCCGGGGGCGCCGUCCAGGCGCGCGGCCCCGACCCGUGGCUGGGCUGGGGCCAUCGGCGCCUCGGCAUGGAGCGUCCUCGGGGGCUGCCCUGAGGCGGCAGCGGCGGCGAUGCAGCCAGCGCGGCGGUUGCCGAAGCCAGGAACGGCCGCUCGGAGCUCGGAGAACACGGUGCGCGCCGCUCCUGUGGCACCGACCGAGGGCCUUCUGGUGACUGGUCCCUCUUCAGCUGGUGCCUGAGAAAUGGCAGCUGCUGCUAAUGCAGCCUUGAGGACCACGUGCCUUCCCAGCACCGUUACUUAGAAGACAGGAUUCAAGAGGGGCUGCCCCUUCCGGAGCCGGCCUGGGGACGAGCCAGGGCCCCCCUGUCCCCGGGAUGACCACAGCCGGCCGGGCCAACCCCUACAGCAUCGUGUCGUCGGAAGAGGACGGGCUGCAUCUGGUCACCAUGUCGGGUGCCAACGGCUUUGGUAACGGAAAGGUGCAUACACGGCGCAGGUGCCGGAACCGCUUUGUGAAGAAGAAUGGCCAGUGUAACAUCGAGUUUGCCAACAUGGACGAGAAGUCACAGCGCUACCUGGCCGACAUGUUCACCACCUGUGUGGACAUCCGCUGGCGCUACAUGCUGCUGCUCUUUUCGCUGGCCUUCCUGGCCUCCUGGCUACUGUUUGGUGUCAUCUUCUGGGUCAUCGCCGUGGCCCAUGGAGACCUGGAGCCAGCCGAGGGCCGGGGCCGCACGCCCUGUGUCAUGCAGGUGCAUGGCUUCAUGGCGGCCUUCCUCUUCUCCAUCGAGACACAGACCACCAUCGGCUACGGGCUGCGCUGUGUGACGGAGGAGUGCCCUGUGGCCGUGUUCAUGGUGGUGGCGCAGUCCAUCGUGGGCUGCAUCAUCGAUUCCUUCAUGAUUGGCGCCAUCAUGGCCAAGAUGGCCCGGCCCAAGAAGCGGGCGCAGACGCUGCUGUUCAGCCAUAACGCCGUGGUGGCUCUGCGCGAUGGCAAGCUCUGCCUCAUGUGGCGUGUGGGCAACCUGCGCAAGAGCCACAUCGUGGAAGCCCAUGUGCGGGCUCAGCUCAUCAAGCCGAGGGUCACGGAGGAGGGUGAGUACAUCCCGCUGGACCAGAUCGAUAUCGACGUCGGCUUCGACAAGGGUCUCGACCGCAUCUUCCUGGUGUCGCCCAUCACCAUCCUGCAUGAGAUCGAUGAGGCCAGCCCGCUCUUCGGCAUCAGCCAGCAGGACCUGGAGACAGACGACUUUGAGAUCGUGGUCAUCCUGGAGGGCAUGGUGGAGGCCACAGCCAUGACCACCCAGGCCCGCAGCUCCUACCUGGCCAACGAGAUUCUGUGGGGCCACCGCUUCGAGCCUGUCCUCUUUGAGGAGAAGAACCAGUACAAAAUUGACUACUCACACUUCCACAAGACCUACGAGGUACCGUCCACGCCCCGCUGCAGUGCCAAGGAACUGGUGGAGAGCAAGUUCCUGCUGCCCAGUGCCAACUCCUUCUGCUAUGAGAAUGAGCUGGCCUUCCUGAGCCGCGACGAGGAGGACGAGGCGGAUGGAGACCAGGACAGCUGCAGCCCCCAGGCCAGGCAUGACUUUGACAGGCCCCAGGCCAACAGCAGUGGAGGCCUGGAGCAGCGGCCCUAUAGGCGGGAGUCAGAGAUCUGAGCCACCGUCAGCCAAGGUGCGGCAUCCACCCUGCCAGGGCGAGGCCCGGUGUCCUGAGGGGGCCCCGAUUCAGCAGAGCGGGCCAGGCGCCCGGGUCGCAGACUCAGUAGCAUUUUAGAUGUUUUGUGUUUCUUCAGAAUGGUGUCAGAAAGUUGGCCAGAGACUGGGGGCUGGAGUGGGCUGCCCCCAGCCUUUGAGGCUGGAGUAGGUGCACAGAGGUGGCCUUCUGGGCGCCAGGAUAGAGUUGCAGUCUGCCUGGGAACAGCACGGCAGCCACCCAGCCUUGUGGGCAAAGGCUGGCAGGUCACAGUGUACCUCGCUGGUUUUUAACUUGGGGAGAAACACUGGGUUUGGCUUUCUCAAUCUUACCUUGAGUAAGACUAUUUACCAAAAUAACACAAAAAACAAAAUUUAAGUGAUUGAAAAAAUUUUUUUUAAAUUCAUGGGAUUAAAAAAUAAAAGGACAAUUAGAAUUC